AAAUGGGUGGGUUGACAUAAAAAGUUAAGAAUUUAUUUGCCAGACCUGAUGAAGACUUACCUAUAAAGGAUGAUCCCAAACUUCAUUAUUCAAUAGAAAAUUAGUAAAAAUUAAAGCGAUAAAAAAGGUCACAAGUCUUUGGGAAAAAGGAACCACAGAAGGAAAAUUUUGAUGAUGAAAAAUUAAAGAGGAUUCAAUCAGUAUCAUAAUAGGUAGAAAAACAAAUUAGUUGUCCUGUAAGAAUGCUUUCAAUGAUGCAAGGGAAAUAAUAUAACACUUAACCAUAUAAAAGUCAAUAAAAAUAGAUCGAAGAAAUUUUAUCAGAGCUCAGCUGA